UUAGAGUGCUUGCAGAUAUUCUUUGCCUUCAGGAGCACUGGUUACUGAAAGACAGUUUGAUCUACUUGGUCAUGUAAAAAUGCAUAUGUUUUUCACAGCUGUCUCCCCAAUGAGGAGUAAUUUAAUGGGUCAAGGGAGACCCUAUGGUGGUACUGCUAUCAUGUGGAAGAAGGAGUUACAGACAAAUAUCCAAGUACAAAAGACUCCAUCAACUAGACUGUGUGCUAUUAGCAUUGAUUUGGGAGUAAGGAAAAUUCUGGUUGCGUCAGUAUAUAUGCCCUGUGAUUUGGGAGAUGUAACAUCAAGUGAUAAUUAUGAAGAAGAACUUGGAUACUUGGAUGGUCUUGUCAAUAGCGCGGAGUUCAACAACAAAAUAAUAAUUGGGGACUUUAAUGGUGACCCUCGCUCAUUCAGUAGUAGCAGGUUUGGAAAGAAGAUGAGAAAGUUUGCUACAAAUAAUGAUGCCGUCAUUGCAGAUCUAGAUCGCUUUGAAAAGGAUCUAAAUUUCAUGACGUGGGAAUCAGGGGAUCUCUCACAGUGCAGUUGGUUGGACUAUGCCUUAGUGUCAAAUAACAUCAGAUCUCAGGUUAGAGACUUUCAUGUAAUAGAGGAUAUAGUUCCUGGUUCUGAUCAUUGGCCAGUGCGACUAUUGAUUCAAUUGGACGAUAGUCAGCAUAAUGUAAAGACCUCCAAUGUCAGACAUAACCAUUUGGUUUGUAAUCGGCAACAGUGUCAAGACCUGGACUUACUUAGAUACCAAUGGGAAUUGGAUAGACGUCUAUUAGAUAUAGAAAUACCGUGGGAUGCAAUUCUAUGUAAUCAACCAGACCGGUGUUGUCACAAAGCACUCUUGGAACCAUAUUGCGAAAGUAUUAUCCAUGCACUACGUACUGCAGGGCAAAAUAGUAUUCCAAAGAAGGAAUACAGACGAGUUUGGCUCCAUGGAUGGGAUAACGACAUUUGACUAAGACAACAGGAAGCCAGUGAAGCAUACUGGAAAUGGAAGCAAAGUGGAAAAUGUUGAUCUGGUACACUCUUUGAUGAAAUGAGAGACAGACAGCUGGAAAAUAUUCCGAAAGAACUCAAGAGAGUUAAGCAGGUGAGUGAAAAGAGAGAGAGAGAG